UAACAUGUGUUUCAGCAUGCCCAACGAGGACGUGGAGAGAAUGCUGCUAGGCAACAAGUGUGACAUGGAGGACAAGAGGGUGGUACCAAAAAGCCAAGGGAGAGCAGAUUGCCAAGAACAUGGUAUUAGGUUUUUUGAGACGAGUGCCAAGGCCAACAUCAGCAUCGAGAAGGCUUUCCUCACGCUAGCAGAAGACAUCCUCAGAAAGACGCCCGUCAAAGAGCCCAACAGUGAAAACGUGGACAUCAGCGGUGGGAGUGGAGUCACAGGAUGGAAGAGCAAGUGCUGCAGUUAGAAUAGAACAGCCCU